AGUUUGAAGUUCAAAUGUUUGUAAACUGAAAAGUUCAAUGUAAAAAUCUUAAAAAUAGGCGGUCUUUAUGUGACUUAGGUACUUGUUCAUGGUUCUUUUUAUUUGAUAAGACAUAUUAGUCCUAUUUUCGUAUUCUUCCUUUGAUUUCAGAUUGUACCUUGCGUGAUGCAAGAUUGUUCUCAGAAGGCAGAACAUAGCAGCAAUGCACCUCAGGAGAGCUCAUCACCUCAGGUGGGUGCUAUCUCGGUGUAGCUAGAUCUACUGUCUCGCUGUUGGCACACAGUCUCAUCCCACUCAGCCGCCAUGGGACGCUGGCACUCGGAGUACCAACGCACACACCGCGGCAUCGCCUCCAACGAGCUCCUCACCACAUGGAGGGACAACUUCACCGAGCGGCAGCACCUGCGGGAGACCAUGAUGUCAUCCCAUUUCCAGCUGGGCGUCAGCGGCGGCAGCAGCAGCAGUAGCAGCACGGAGUCGCUCUCGGGGGAGCUGCAGCUGUCUCCGACGCGUCUGAGGAUGCGGCAUCUGGCUCUGACCUCCCCGGAGCGCGUACCGCCGCCAGCGCCCCCUGCCCCACCUGCCGCCAAUGGAGGGCGCUCGGUGCGGUUUGAGGUGCCCCCGGUGACCGACCGGCUAGACGGAGCACCCCCAGCGGAGGAGCCUGCCAUCCAGUCACGAUCUGCACCGCCCCCGGCUGAGACUGAGCCUGUGCGACUGCCUGAACCCCCGGCUCCGACCAGUACCACCGCGGACCGGUCCCGUCCACUGACUGCGCCAGCGCCCCGCGUGCCCAGCUCAGCCCCUGCGCCAGCGCCCCGCGCGCCCAGUUCAGCCCCUGCGUCAGCGCCCCGCGCGCCCAGCUCAGCCCUUGCGUCAGCACCAAGCUCAGCCCCUGCGUCAGCGCCCCGCGUGCCCAGCUCAGCCCCUGCGUCAGCGCCCCGCGUGCCCAGCUCGGCCACUACGACCGGCCCCCGCCGCCAGCGGGCCCGCUCCUGUUCUCCGGCCUCACCACUGCUCGGGUACGGUCACGGUGAACGCGGCUGUAACCUCGGCGAACAGCGCACGUAUAACGUGACCGCGCCGCCGACUCAGGUACACGACACAGCGCGUUCGGCCGCCGAGCGGCGAAGAACGGCGCAGAGACAGCGAGACGCGGUGCGGGAUGCUGUGUUGGAUCACGGUCGCCCUCCGCCAAGACCGGCUAGUCUGUGGACUACCGAGUACCAGAGGUGUUACUGCCAGCCUGUGUGGGCAGCGGAGCGGGCGCGGGCUCACAGGGCGUCCUCUUCUCACGCGCGGUAGCCACUGGGGUGGUCGGGUCAUGAGUGGAUAGAACAAUGUCGCGAGAUGUGAGGGCUCGUAGAUGGCGGAGCAAAGCGAUUGGAGAUAUUUUGCGCUGCAGAUCCUCACCGAGAUCUGCUAGUGUCUAUCAGUUUACUAAUUUUAGUUAUUUUAUCCGUGGGGAGAUACAUUCAAAUGUAGCAAACUGUUUUCUAGCUGUGCUUUUUUUAAACAGCUUUUUGAAAUUAUGCAUCCCUAGACAUAGGUGCUCUGGCGCAGUAUAGUUUCAUUGCACUCUAGAUUUAGGAGCGUGAUCCUUUUACGGGACCAGAGAAUUAGCUGAAUAACAACAUUUUAUGAGUAGCGAUGUUAUGGGAUAAUGUGCCCUAAUGUGUAUUUUAACGA